AUCACUUUGCGGGGUUAGAGGAUCGUGGAGGGGGAGAGAAAAAAAAAAAGAAGAAGAAGAAUAGCGCUGAAAUUGUCUCCUCCAGUGCCACACGAUGUGGAGCGGAUAUGCGGGACAGGGGACUUGUUCAACCUGUCAGAGGAUGUCCCCGUCCAGCUGUCCCAACUCUGCACAUCUGGAAACGGGACAGUCUCCGUGAACCGGAAUGUAGCAUCCUAACUGACAGAAAGCUGUCAUUUUUUUUAGGGGAGGGGGGGAAUGUAACACGGAAUUUUACUCCAGAUCAAAUAUGUUCCCUCCUAUAAAUCCCCUGUAAUCUGCAUGAAAUGAUGUAAUAGAAGUAUCCACAGUUUUUUUUUUAAAUAGUGCAUUAAGAUGGGAAACACUCUUGUGAGGAGAAAAGAAGAAAAAAAAACCACGAUGAUGAUGAUGAUGGUGAUAAUUGCAGCCUUAGAGCUUCAUGAUGUGGGGAAAUAAAAUGUGUAGAAACAAAACCAAAAAAAAAGCUCGAGUUGUUGAACCUUCCUGAAGUCAAGUGUGGUCCACACAGCUCUGCCUCUGAAGGGCUAAAUGUCAUAAUGCUGCAUGCUACAUAUGCCCUUGAGGAUAUUGACUCCCAAGGCAUGGAAAGAAUUUAUGCACACACCCUGCCAAGUUGAGCCCUCAGUGGAUGCACUUUUCUUGAGACGACUCUGAACCACAAAUAAUUUACUCUCUCUCUCUCUCUCCCUCUCUCCGUGUGUGUGUGUGUGUGUGUGUGCGUGCACGUGCGUGUUCACCUGCACAUGCAUGCACGAGGGUGUGUGACUUUGCAGCAGGGACAAACGAGGCUGAGGGGGAUGGAGAAGCCGGAGGUGUUGGUGAUGUGACUAAACAGUUGGAGCAGCAAGCGCUGGAGGACAAAGAGAGGGAGGAGGAUGGAGAAGAAGGUAACUCCCUCAUCCUCACCAUCACCACAUCCGCUCCAUCCCUUCGUCAUCUGCAGUAAUGGGGACGAGGGAGAGAACUCGGCUGGGAGAAAGAAGAAGAAGAAGAAAAAGAAGAAAGGAUUGAAGGGACAGACUGACCCUCCCUCAGUCCCGAUUUGUGAGCUCUAUCCCAGCGGAGACUUUCCAAAGGGAGAGGAGUGCGAAUAUCCGCCAUCGAAAGACGGGCGCAGCGCAGCGUGGCGGACCACCAGCGAGGAGAAGCGGGCGCUGGACAGGGCCAACGAGGAGAUGUGGAGCGACUUCAGGCAGGCGGCCGAGGCGCACCGGCAGGUCCGCGCGUACGUCAGGAGCUGGAUCAAGCCGGGGAUGACUAUGAUUGACAUCUGCGAGAGGCUCGAGGACUGCUCCAGGAAGCUCAUCAGAGAGGACGGGCUGAAGGCAGGCCUGGCCUUCCCCACCGGCUGCUCCAUCAACCACUGCGCUGCCCACUACACCCCCAACGCGGGAGACCCCACCGUGCUGCGCUACGACGACAUCUGCAAAAUUGACUUUGGAACGCACAUCAACGGUCGAAUAAUCGACUGUGCCUUUACCGUCACUUUCAAUCCAAAGUUUGACAGGCUGCUGGAGGCUGUGAGAGACGCAACCAACACCGGCAUCAAGUUUGCAGGGAUUGAUGUGCGCCUGUGCGACGUCGGCGAGACCAUUCAGGAGGUCAUGGAGUCUUACGAAGUGGAGAUCGAUGGGAAAACAUAUCAAGUGAAGCCAAUCAGGAACCUCAACGGCCACUCCAUCGGACAGUACAGAAUACACUCAGGGAAGACGGUCCCUAUCGUGAAAGGCGGAGAGGCCACAAGGAUGGAGGAAGGUGAAGCUUACGCCAUCGAGACAUUUGGCAGCACAGGAAGAGGUGCGGUCCACGACGACAUGGAGUGCUCUCAUUACAUGAAAAACUUCAAUGUUGGACACGUCCCAAUAAGACUUCCAAGGGCUAAACAUCUGCUGAAUGUGAUCAAUGAGAACUUUGGGACCUUGGCGUUCUGCCGCCGCUGGCUGGACCGCCUGGGCGAGAGCAAGUACCUGAUGGCGCUGAAGAAUCUGUGUGACCUUGGCAUCAUAGACCCGUACCCACCCCUCUGCGACAUCAAGGGCAGCUACACCGCCCAGUAUGAGCACACCAUCCUACUCAGGCCCACCUACAAGGAGGUAGUGAGCCGGGGAGACGACUACUGAGCAUGUGCUGAAACUCAAGGCGAGCCAGGAGGAGCGCGACAGCUCCGAGACGACAAACCUCUGCAGACUGAUAGCAAUUAUGCAAUACUUCUCUCACCGAAACUUCCACUGCUUGAGAACCUUUAGGAAAUUAUUCUAGCAAGAGCAAAAGACUUGUGUCAUGGCGGUAGCUUACUAGUACUUUUUUUUUUCCCCUCCAAAGGAUCGAGGCAAUAGACAAAGGGCAUAUCUUUAAGAUGUAGUGUGAUCAUUUAAGUCAUAUUUUGAUGUGCUGCUUUUAGGAAAUAAUAUGCAAAAGAAAUAUAUGCAAAAGAAUCAUGCAAAAAAAGGUUUUGGCGAACACCUCGCCUUACAACGCUUUGCUUCAUUGCCUUGUUAAGAUCAUGUGAGGAAAACUGCAAUGAAAUAUUUAUAUUUCUAUAUUUCUUUGCUCUAUUUUAAUUUAAGGCAAUUUUAUAAGAAAUAAAUUGUUAUAAAUCUUGAA